UGGCGGAGGAGUGUCCUCGCCCGCUCGGGGCUGGCGCAGAGGACGCGCGAGGAGCCGGCCGGCCCCGCGUCCCCUGGGACGUGCCCGAUGGCAGCCCCGGCGGCAGCUCGAGAAGGGCGAGGCUUCCGGGAAGCCCAGACCCUUCGCCUAAGCCCGGGGGCCUGCCUGGAGGCGGCGGGCACUGUGGAGCACGAGGAGGGGGAGGAGGAGGAAGAGGAAGAUGAGGAAGAGGCUGCGGCCAGGAGAGCGCGGGGUUUCGGCCGAGAUGCGCGGGUGCGCUUCCUCGGCGGCCGCCUGGAGCAGAUGCUGGGGUUCCCGGGGGAGAAGUGGAGCCAGUAUUUGGAGAGCGAAGACAACCGGCAGGUUCUGGGGGAGUUUCUGGAAAGCACCAACCCCGCCUAUCUUGUGUUCGGCGUCGCCGCCGCGGGGCAGCUCGAGGCCACCCGGGAGAUUCCAAGAAAUGCAAAACAUAAACUUGUUUAUAUUGCCAAGAAGAUUACUGAAAGCACUGGAGUAAAUGAUUUCUCUCAAAUGGUUUUAUUUGGAGAGUUACCUGCAUCAUCUCUUGGACAUGUAUCUGUUUUUCUAGACGAGAUUUUAGUGCCAGUUCUUUCUAAUAAGAACAACCAUACAUCCUGGUCCUGUUUUACUUCACAAGAUAUGGAAUGUCAUGUAGAAGUUGUGAAAAAUAAGAUGCAUAUUUUUAGGGGCAAAAUGUCUAGAAGAACUCUUCUCCCAAUUCCCACUAUUGCAGGAAAGAUUGACCUGGAUCGGAAUUAUUCGGAGACCACGCUACAGUCAAAUGAAAGGAUAAUACUCCAUGCAAUCGAAUCUGUGGUUAUUAAAUGGUCACAUCAAAUCCAAGAAAUUGUAGAAAAAGAUUCAGUGCGGCCUUUGCUGAAUGAUUUUCACGUGACUCCACAAACUGAGCUAGAUUUUUGGACGAUGAGGAAGGAGAAUCUGUCAUACACUUAUGAUCAACUUCAGGCUCCUAUUGUCCUCAAAAUGGUUAAGAUCUUGAAAGCUAAAAAGAGCAGCUAUUUUCCUACCUUGAAGGACAUCUUCCUGGCUGUGGAACAUGCUCUCCUCGAAGCCCAAGAUGUGGAACUGCACCUGAGACCUCUGAGGAGACACAUUCAGCGUCUCCAGGAGACAGAAUUUCCACGGACUUGUGUAUUCAUCGCCCCAUUAUUUCAUACCAUCUGUCUGAUCUGGAGUCAUUCCAAGUUUUAUAACACCCCUGCUCGGGUUAUAGCUUUAUUGAAAGAGUUUUGCAAUCUCUUCAUUGACCAGGCAGUAGCUUACCUUUCACCUGAGGACCUUCUGAAGGGAGAAAUUGAAGACUCGCUGGAAAAGGUGCAGGUGGCUGCUAAUAUCUUAAAGACUUUCAAGAAUUCUUUUUUCAACUAUAGAAAAAGAUUGGCAAGUUAUUUCGUGGGACAUAAGGAGCUGAGACCAUGGGAUUUCCAGUCUCAUCUGGUGUUUUGCAGAUUUGACAAGUUUCUUGAUCGUUUAAUGAAAAUAGAGGAUAUAUUUGUGACCACACUGGAAUUCGAAAAGCUGGAAAGACUGGAAUUUGGUGGUGCCAAGGGAGCAAUUUUAAAUGAACAAAUCCAUGAGAUGAGUGAAGAAUUUAUGGAACUCUGUAAAGUUUUUAAACAGAGCACUUAUGACCCAUCUGAUUGCCAGAACAUGGAAUUUGAAAGUGAUUAUGUUGCGUUUAAGUCCAAAAUUUUGGAUUUUGACAGAAGGCUUGGGACAAUCCUUUGUGAAGGUUUCUUUAACUGCAAUGGUUUAGAAGCUGUGUUUAAGCUUUUGACCAUAUUUGGAAAUUUUCUAGAGAAACCAGUUGUCAUGGAAAUUUUCAGCCCACAUUACAGCGCACUAGUGCAUAUGUUUAAUACAGAGUUGGAUACGUGUAAGCAAUUGUAUAAUACACACGUGAAACAGAUUGAACAUGGACAUGUGGUUCUUAACAAGAAUAUGCCGUUUACCUCAGGAAAUGUCAAAUGGGCCAAAGAGGUCCUUGAACGACUUCAAACGUUUUGGUCAAACUUUGCAUCUCUCCAUUAUCUGUUCUUGGGCUGUCAUGAUGAUGCCAUAGUUUAUCAGAAGUAUGUUGAAAUGACCACUUUGCUAGACCAAUUUGAAAAUCAUAUCUAUAAUGAAUGGAAAAGUAAUGUGGAUGAAAUCUGUGAGUUCAAUUUGAAUCAACCAUUGGUUAAAUUCAGUGCCAUAAAUGGCCUUCUCAGAGUCAACUUUGACCCAAAGCUAGUGGCUGUAUUGAGAGAAGUGAAAUACCUUCUGAUGUUGAAGAAAACAGACAUACCGGAUUCUGCUUUAGCCAUCUUCAACAAAAGAAACACUAUUUUAAAGUACAUUGGAAAUCUUGACCUUCUUGUGCAAGGAUAUAAUAAGCUGAAACAGACUCUGCUGGGAGUUGAAUACCCGCUGAUUGAAGAAGAGCUGAGGGCCGUGGACGAGCAGCUGACAGCAGCCACCACGUGGCUGACCUGGCGGGAUGACUGCUGGGGCUACAUCGAGGGCGUGAGGGCAGCCACCUGGGAGCUGGAGCGCAGGGUGGAGCAUGCGCAGCACAACGUGCAGGCCAUCCAGCGGACCAUGCGGGCCUGGGCUGGGUGUACGCUCCCUCCCAGGAGAGAGCACAGAAGAGAGGCGGCCUUGACUUUGGAGGACAAGGGCGAUUUGUUCACUAAAAAGUACAAGUUAAUCCAAGAAGAUGGCCGCAAGAUCCACAAUUUGGUGGAGGAAAAUAGGAAGCUCUUCAAAGCCGAUCCUUCUCUGGAUAUCUGGAAAAUUUAUGUAGAAUUCAUUGAUGACAUCGUGGUGGAAGGCUUUUUUCAGGCUAUAAUGCAUGACUUAGACUUCUUUCUGAUGAAUACGGAGAAGCAAUUGAAACCUGCACCAUUUUUUCAAGCACAGAUGAUCUUAAUGCCGCCUGAGAUUGUGUUUAAACCUUCUUUGGACAGAGAGGCUGGGGAUGGCUUCUACGACCUGGUAGAAGAAAUGCUAUGCAAUAGUUUUAGAAUGUCUGCCCAGAUGAAGCGCAUAGCAACACAUCUGGAAAUAGAAAAUUAUCAGAAUGAUAUGGAUAACAUGUUAGGCCUGGCAGAGGUCAGGCAGGAGAUAAUGAAGAGAGUGGCAGACGUCAUCAACAAAGUCUUGGAUUUCAAAAACACCCUGGAGACCUACGCUUACCUCUGGGUGGAUGACCGAGCUGAGUUUAUGAAGCAUUUUCUCUUGUAUGGUCAUACGGUGUCAUCUGAGGAAAUGGAUGCUCAUGCAAACGAAGAAAUCCCUGAGCAACCACCAACUCUUAAACAAUUCCAAGAACAGAUUGACAUUUAUGAGGCUUUGUAUGUUCAGAUGAGCAAGUUUAAUGAUUUCAGAGUGUUUGAUAGUUGGUUCAAGGUGGACAUGAAACCUUUCAAAGUGACCUUGUUAAACAUUAUUAAGAAGUGGAGCUGGAUGUUUCAGGAGCAUCUUUUGAGAUUUGUCAUUGACAGUCUGAAUGAGCUACAAGAAUUUAUAAAGGAGACAGAUGCAGGACUUCAGGGAGAAUUAAGUGAAGGUGAUCACGAUGGUUUAGUUGACAUCAUGGGACAUCUCCUGGCUGUAAGAAGCCGACAGAGAGCUACAGAUGAACUCUUUGAACCCCUGAAAGAAACCAUUACACUCUUGGAAAGCUAUGGCCAGAAGAUGCCUGAGAAAGUCUAUAUUCAGCUGGAGGAAUUACCUGAAAGGUGGGAAACUACCAAAAAGAUUGCAGCAACUGUCAGACAUGAAGUUUCACCUCUCCAAAAUGCAGAAGUCACUCUUAUAAGGAGAAAAUGUAUUUUGUUUGAUACAAAGCAGGCAGAGUUCAGAGAGAGAUUCAGGUGCUAUGCCCCUUUUGGAUUUAAUGCAGAAAAUCCCUACACAGUGCUUGAUAAGGUAAAUCAAGAGCUUGAGGCAUUAGAAGAAGAAAUGUUGCAAAUGCAAGAAUCUACUCAUCUUUUUGAAGUGGCUCUUCCAGAAUACAAACAAAUGAAGCAAUGUCGCAAAGAAAUAAAAUUGCUCAAGGGACUCUGGGAUGUCAUUAUUUAUGUUAGAAGAAGCACUGAUAAUUGGACUAAAACCCAGUGGAGACAGAUUAAUGUGGAACAGAUGGAUGUAGAACUCAGAAGGUUUGCCAAGGAAAUCUCGUCCCUAGACAAGGAAGUCCGUGUCUGGGAUGCGUACGCAGGCCUGGCAGGCGCAGUGAGGGACAUGACAACCUCGCUGAGAGCCGUCGCAGAGUUACAGAACCCCGCCCUCAGGGACAGGCACUGGCGCCAGCUGAUGAAGACUGUUGGGGUCAAGUUUUCAAUAAGUGAAGCCACAACUUUGGCAGAUUUGUUAGCACUGCAGUUGCACAGAGUGGAAGAUGAUGUCCGAAAGAUUGUGGACAAAGCUGUGAAGGAACUGGGGACUGAGAAGGUUAUUAUUGAAAUCAGUCAGACCUGGGCGACCAUGGAGUUUUCUUAUGAAGUUCACUAUCGAACAGGCAUUCCAUUACUGAAGUCUGAUGAACAACUUUUUGAGACUCUAGAGCACAACCAAGUUCAAUUGCAGACUCUUCUUCAAAGCAAAUAUGUGGAAUAUUUCAUGGAACAAGUCUUAAGCUGGCAAAAUAAAUUAAACAUAGCAGACUCAGUCAUUUUUACUUGGCUGGAAGUCCAGCGAACUUGGUCUCACCUGGAAAGCAUUUUUGUUUGUUCAGAAGAUAUUCAGAUCCAGCUUGUGAAAGAUGCUAGAAGAUUCGAUGGAGUGGAUGCUGAAUUUAAGGAGUUAAUGUUCAAGACAGCCAAAGUAAAAAAUGUUUUAGAAGCAACGUGCAGACCUAAUCUCUAUGAAAAACUUAAAGAUUUACAGUACAGGCUUUCUCUUUGUGAAAAAGCUCUCGCUGAAUACCUGGAAACCAAGCGUGUAGCUUUUCCUCGCUUCUAUUUCAUCUCUUCUGCUGAUUUACUUGACAUUCUCUCAAAGGGAGCUCAGCCUAAGCAGGUAACACAUCACCUUGCCAAGCUUUUUGACAGCAUUGCAGAUCUGCAGUUUGGGGACAAUCAGGAUGUCUCUGCACACAGAGCAGUUGGAAUGUACAGCAAAGAAAAGGAGUAUGUCCCAUUCCAAGCCGAGUGUGAAUGCAAAGGCCAUGUGGAAACAUGGCUUCUGCAGCUCGAACAGACCAUGCAAGAAACAGUGCGUCAUUCUAUCACAGAAGCUAUAGUGGCCUAUGAGGAAAAACCUAGGGAACUGUGGAUUUUUGAUUUCCCGGCUCAAGUGGCACUAACCAGCUCACAAAUAUGGUGGACUGCGGACGUAGGAAUAGCCUUCAGUAGACUGGAGGAAGGCUAUGAAACAGCCCUAAAGGAUUUCCAUAAAAAACAGCUUUCUCAGCUGAAUACACUGAUUGCACUCUUGCUGGGAGAACUUCCACCCGGAGACAGGCAGAAGAUCAUGACAAUUUGUACCAUAGAUGUCCAUGCUAGAGAUGUGGUGGCAAAACUUAUUUCUCAGAAGGCAAGUUAUGAUGGCAAUGUUUACUGUGAAAGGGAAAUUUUCUUACCCUUCUUACCAAAAUAUAUUCCUCCUGACACAUGUCAGAAGUAUGCGUGUCUACUGAAUGACACUGAUGCAUCGUGCCCAUCACCCCCUUCCUCCAACCUUUUAGGGAGGUUGGUGAUUGUCAGUCCCCAGGCUUUUGCUUGGCUGUCUCAACUGCGUCACCGGUGGGAAGAGACCCAGAAACACUGCUUUGUUAAUAUUUGUGAUGCCCAGUUCCAGUACUUCUAUGAAUACCUCGGAAACAGUCCUCGACUAGUGAUCACUCCUCUGACUGACAGGUGUUACAUUACUUUAACUCAAUCCCUCCAUCUAACCAUGAGCGGGGCUCCUGCUGGUCCAGCGGGCACAGGGAAAACAGAAACCACCAAAGAUCUUGGACGUGCCCUUGGCAUGAUGGUUUAUGUAUUCAACUGCUCAGAGCAAAUGGACUACAAAUCCAUAGGAAAUAUCUACAAGGGCUUGGUGCAGACAGGAGCUUGGGGCUGCUUUGAUGAGUUCAACCGAAUCCCCGUGGAAGUCCUGUCAGUGGUGGCCGUGCAAGUGAAAAUGAUUCACGAUGCCAUCAGAAACGGAAGAAAGCGAUUUGUAUUUCUUGGGGAAGCUGUCACACUGAAGCCAUCAGUUGGAAUAUUUAUUACUAUGAACCCAGGAUAUGCUGGUCGAACUGAAUUACCGGAAAAUCUCAAAGCUCUUUUCAGACCCUGUGCCAUGGUGGCCCCUGACAUUGAGCUAAUCUGUGAAAUUAUGUUAGUUGCUGAAGGUUUUGUGGACGCGCGCUCAUUAGCCCGGAAGUUCAUUACGUUGUACACACUCUGCAAGGAGCUCCUCUCCAAGCAGGAUCAUUAUGAUUGGGGACUUCGUGCUAUUAAAUCUGUCUUGGUUGUAGCUGGCUCCCUGAAACGAGGAGAUAAAAACAGACCCGAAGAUCAGGUACUCAUGAGAGCAUUAAGGGAUUUCAAUAUGCCUAAAAUAGUGACUGACGACAUCCCAGUGUUUCUGGGCCUGGUUGGUGACCUGUUUCCAGCCCUGGAUGUGCCCCGGAGUAGGAAGCUGCACUUUGAACAGAUGGUCAGGCAGUCUACCCUGGAGCUCCGCCUGCAGCCUGAAGAGAGCUUUAUUCUCAAAGUUGUUCAGCUGGAGGAACUGUUGGCUGUGCGGCACUCUGUCUUUGUGGUUGGAAAUGCAGGCACAGGGAAGAGUAAGAUUUUGAGAACACUGAACCGAACAUAUGUUAACAUGAAACAGAAACCCGUUUGGAAUGACUUAAACCCUAAAGCUGUGACAACAGAUGAACUCUUUGGUUUCAUACAUCAUGCUACCCGAGAAUGGAAAGAUGGUCUCUUCUCAUUCAUUCUGCGAGAACAAGCGAAUCUUGCGCAUGAUGGACCGAAAUGGAUAGUCCUAGAUGGAGACAUUGACCCCCUGUGGAUUGAAUCACUGAACACUGUCAUGGAUGAUAACAAGGUGCUGACCCUGGCCAGCAAUGAGCGCGUAGCCCUCACGCCCUGCAUGAGGCUUCUGUUUGAGACACAUCACUUAAGGACGGCAACCCCAGCGACUGUUUCCAGAGCUGGUAUUCUGUAUGUGAACCCGCAAGACUUGGGCUGGAAUCCGUAUGUGGCCAGUUGGAUAGACAGAAGGCGGCAUCAAUCAGAAAAGGCCAAUUUAACUAUUCUUUUUGAUAAUUAUGUUCCCGCAUGCUUGGAUAAGCUGAGAACAAGCUUUAAAACCAUCACUUCAAUUCCAGAGAGUAGCCUGGUGCAGACUAUUUGUACUCUUUUGGAGUGUUUGUUAACUCCUGAAAAUGUACUUUCUGACAGCCCAAAAGAAGUUUAUGAAGUCUAUUUUGCCUUUGCUUGUAUCUGGGCAUUCGGUGGCCCCCUGCUACAAGAUCAGCUUUCUGAUUAUCAAGCUGACUUCAGUCGGUGGUGGCAGAAAGAGAUGAAAGCAGUGAAGUUUCCAUCCCAGGGAACAAUCUUUGAUUAUUAUCUGGACCACAAAACUAAGAAAUUCUUGCCCUGGACUGACAAAAUCCCCCAAUUUACUAUGGAUCCAGGUGUACCUCUGCAGACAGUUCUGGUUCAUACAUCAGAGACAACUCGUCUUAGAUAUUUCAUGGAGCUGUUGCUUGAGAAAGGACGACCAGUAAUGCUUGUAGGCAGUGCGGGAGUGGGAAAAACAGUCUUUGUAGGUGACACACUGGCAAGUCUCUCUGAGGAUUACGUAGUAUCCCGUGUGCCUUUCAACUACUACACAACGUCCGCAUCGCUGCAAAAAAUUCUUGAGAAACCUCUGGAGAAAAAAGCUGGUCGUAACUAUGGUCCAGGAGGAAAUAAGAAGUUGGUUUAUUUUAUUGAUGACAUGAACAUGCCUGAAGUGGACGUAUAUGGCACUGUUCAGCCUCACACCCUGAUCCGACAGCAUAUUGAUUAUGGACAUUGGUAUGAUAGACAGAAGGUGAUGCUUAAAGAAAUCCACAACUGUCAGUAUGUCGCCUGCAUGAACCCAAUGGUGGGCAGUUUCACGGUCAAUCCUAGACUACAGAGACAUUUCACAGUGUUUGCAUUCAACUUCCCGUCCCUGGAUGCACUAAACACCAUCUAUGGCCAAAUCUUUAGUUUCCACUUCCAGCAGCAAGCAUGUGGUCCAUCAGUCCUCAGGAGUGGCCCCACUCUGAUCCAGGCAACAAUAGCAUUCCACGAGAUGAUGACGCGUAGCUUUUUACCCACUGCUAUUAAAUUCCACUACGUCUUUAAUCUGAGAGACCUAACCAACAUCUUCCAGGGAAUUUUAUUUGCUUCUCCUGAAUGUUUAAAAGGUCCAAAUGAUUUAAUACGCCUGUGGCUUCAUGAAUCUUCCCGUGUUUACGGAGACAAACUGAUAGACACAGAAGAUUGUGAUUUGUUUCAGAAAAAAAUAUUGGAAACUGCUUAUAAAUAUUUUGAAGGUGUAGACAGUCACGUGCUGCUUCAACAGCCCCUGAUUUACUGCCACUUUGCUAGUGGCAGGGAGGACCCAUGUUACAUGCCAGUGAAGGACUGGGAAGUGCUGAAGACGAUUCUUACAGAAACCUUAGACAACUACAAUGAACUAAAUGCUACCAUGCACCUGGUGUUGUUUGAAGAUGCCAUGCAACAUGUGUGUCGCAUCAGCCGGAUCUUACGAAGCCCUCGGGGCUGCGCCCUCCUGGUUGGAGUGGGGGGCAGCGGCAAGCAGAGCUUGUCUAGGCUGGCAGCUUACAUCUGCGGCCUGGAGGUCUUUCAGGUCACUCUUACUGAAGGCUACGGAAUCCAAGAACUUCGGGUAGAUCUUGCCAAUUUGUACAUCAGAACUGGAGCCAAGAACAUGCCCACCGUGUUCCUGCUGACAGAUGCCCAGGUUCUAGAUGAGAGCUUUCUGGUGCUGAUUAAUGACUUGCUGGCAUCAGGAGAAAUCCCAGAUCUGUUCAGUGAUGAAGAUGUGGACAAGAUAAUUUCUGGAAUUCAUAAUGAAGUUCGUGGUCUGGGCAUGGUGGACUCCAGAGAAAAUUGUUGGAAGUUUUUUCUGGCCAGGGUACGACUACAGCUCAAAAUCAUUUUGUGUUUCUCUCCAGUUGGUCACACGCUGAGAGUCAGAGCUCGGAAGUUCCCAGCCAUAGUUAACUGCACGGCUAUUGACUGGUUUCAUGCAUGGCCGCAGGAGGCUCUGGUCUCAGUCAGCAGGAGGUUCAUUGAGGAAACCGAGGGAAUUGAGCCACUGCACAAAGAUUCUAUCAGCCUUUUCAUGGCACAUGUUCACGCCAGUGUAAAUGAGAUGAGUGCCAGGUAUUACCAGAAUGAGAGAAGACACAACUAUACCACCCCAAAGAGUUUUCUAGAACAAAUAUCACUGUUUAAGAACUUGUUGAAGAAGAAACAAAAUGAGGUGUCUCAGAAGAAAGAGCACUUGAUGAAUGGCAUUCAGAAGCUGAAGACCACGGCCUCUCAGGUGGGAGAUCUAAAAGCCAGACUCGCCUCUCAGGAAGCCGAGUUGCAGCUGAGAAAUCAUGAUGCUGAAGCUCUGAUCUCAAAGAUCGGGCUUCAGACGGAGAAAGUGAGCCGGGAAAAGGCCAUCGCCGACACCGAGGAGCAAAAGGUGACAGCCAUUCAGAGUGAAGUGUCCCAGAAGCAGAGAGAAUGUGAGGCUGACUUAGUCAAGGCCGAGCCUGCACUGGUGGCUGCUGCAGCUGCGCUCGAUACACUCAACAGGGUCAACCUCACUGAGCUGAAAACUUUUCCCAACCCUCCAAAUGCGGUUACCAAUGUUACUGCAGCCGUGAUGGUCCUUCUGGCUCCUCGGGGCAGAGUGCCCAAAGACCGAAGUUGGAAAGCAGCUAAAGUCUUCAUGGGAAAGGUUGAUGAUUUUUUGCAAGCGUUAAUUAAUUAUGACAAAGAGCACAUUCCAGAGAACUGUCUAAAAGUGGUGAAUGAACAGUAUUUGAAAGACCCAGAGUUUAAUCCAGACCUGAUUCGGACCAAAUCUUUUGCAGCAGCUGGUCUCUGUGCCUGGGUCAUCAACAUCAUUAAAUUCUAUGAGGUCUACUGUGACGUGGAGCCCAAACGCCAAGCAUUAGCCCAAGCAAACUUGGAGUUGGCCACAGCUACUGAAAAACUAGAGGCUAUCAGGAAAAAGCUUGUGGAUCUGGAUCGAAAUCUGAGCAGACUCACAGCUUCAUUUGAAAAAGCAAUAGCUGAGAAACUCCGGUGUCAAGAAGAGGUGAAUCAAACCAGCAAAACCAUUGAACUAGCUAACAGACUUGUCAAGGAACUUGAGUCAGAGAAGAUUCGCUGGGGUCAGUCUAUUAAGUCCUUUGAAGCUCAAGAGAAGACCCUCUGCGGAGAUGUUCUCCUCACCGCAGCGUUCGUGUCUUAUGUUGGACCCUUCACGAGGCCGUAUCGCCAGGAACUGGUGAACUGCAAGUGGGUUCCCUUUCUUCAACAGAAGGUUUCCGUUCCAAUAACCAAAGGCCUGGACUUGAUUUCCAUGUUGACGGAUGAUGCUACGAUUGCUUCCUGGAACAACGAAGGACUGCCCAGUGACAGAAUGUCCACCGAGAACGCCACCAUCCUGAUGCACUGUGAGCGCUGGCCCUUGGUGAUAGAUCCCCAGCAACAGGGAAUUAAGUGGAUUAAGAAUAAGUAUGGACCUGACCUGAAAGUCACACGUUUGGGCCAGAAAGGGUUUUUGAAUACCAUUGAAACUGCUUUGGCCUUUGGUGAUGUCAUCUUAAUUGAAAACCUUGAGGAAACGAUAGAUCCAGUUCUUGAUCCACUGCUUGGCAGGAACACGAUUAAAAAAGGAAAGUAUAUCAGGAUUGGAGAUAAAGAAUGUGAAUUUAACAAGAACUUUCGCCUUAUCCUUCACACAAAACUGGCAAAUCCUCACUAUAAGCCCGAGUUACAAGCUCAGACAACCCUCCUCAAUUUCACAGUCACAGAAGAUGGUCUAGAAGCCCAGCUGCUGGCAGAGGUUGUCAGUAUUGAAAGGCCAGAUUUGGAGAAGCUUAAGUUGGUUUUGACAAAGCACCAAAAUGAUUUUAAGAUUGAGCUGAAAUAUCUGGAGGACGAUCUCCUGCUGCGUCUUUCUGCGGCAGAAGGAAGCUUUCUGGAUGACACCAAACUGGUAGAGAGAUUGGAGGAGACAAAGGCCACUGCAGCAGAGAUAGAACGCAAGGUGAUCGAAGCCAAAGAAAAUGAAAGAAAAAUCAACGAGGCCCGAGAAUGUUACAGACCAGUGGCAGCAAGAGCAUCUCUUCUUUAUUUUGUUAUUAAUGACCUCAGAAAAAUCAACCCCAUCUAUCAAUUCUCUUUGAAGGCUUUUAACGUGCUGUUCCACAGAGCGAUGGAGCAGGCUGACAAGGUAGAAGAUGUGCAGGGGCGCAUCUCCAUCCUGACGGAGAGCAUCACCCACGCCAUCUUCCUAUACACCAGCCAGGCGCUGUUUGAGAAGGACAAACUCACCUUCCUGUCCCAGAUGGCUUUUCAGAUUUUGCUGAGAAAGAAAGAGAUUGACCCCCUUGAACUGGAUUUCCUACUUCGAUUCACAGUUGAACAUACUUAUCCAAGUCCUGUUGACUUCCUAACGACUCAGUCGUGGAGUGCUAUCAAGGCAGUUGCCCUUAUCGAAGAAUUUCGAGGCAUAGACCGAGAUGUGGAAGGAUCUGCCAAGCAGUGGAGGAAGUGGGUAGAAUCCGAGUGUCCAGAGAAAGAAAAGUUACCGCAAGAAUGGAAGAAGAAAAGUCUAAUACAGAAGUUGAUUAUUUUGAGAGCACUGCGCCCUGACAGAAUGACAUAUGCUCUCAGAAAUUUUGUGGAGGAAAAGCUGGGUGCAAAGUAUGUGGAGAGGACCAGAUUGGAUUUAGUUAAAGCAUUUGAAGAAAGCAGCCCAGCCACCCCGAUAUUCUUCAUCCUGUCCCCAGGGGUAGAUGCCCUUAAAGACCUAGAGAUUCUUGGCAAAAGACUUGGGUUUACAAUUGACUCUGGAAAAUUCCACAAUGUGUCUUUAGGACAAGGUCAGGAGAUGGUGGCAGAAAUGGCACUGGAGAAAGCCUCCAAAGGAGGACACUGGGUCAUACUCCAGAAUGUCCAUUUGGUAGCCAAGUGGUUAGGAACCUUGGAGAAACUCCUUGAAAGAUUCAGCCAAGGAAGCCACAGAGAUUACAGGGUUUUCAUGAGUGCUGAUUCUGCACCUACACCAAGUGAGCAUAUGAUCCCUCAAGGACUUCUGGAAAGUUCCAUUAAGAUCACUAAUGAACCCCCCACAGGAAUGCUGGCCAAUUUGCAUGCUGCCCUCUACAACUUUGAUCAGGAUACACUUGAAAUGUGCUCCAAGGAUCAGGAAUUUAAAAGCAUCCUCUUUUCUCUGUGCUACUUCCACGCCUGUGUCGCCGGGAGACUGAGGUUUGGCCCGCAGGGCUGGAGCCGAAGCUAUCCUUUCAAUCUCGGAGACCUCACCAUUUGUGCCAAUGUCCUCUACAACUACUUAGAAGCAAACCCUAAGGUCCCAUGGGAAGACCUCCGUUAUCUCUUUGGUGAGAUCAUGUAUGGGGGCCACAUCACAGAUGACUGGGAUCGCAGACUGUGUCGGGUGUAUUUAGAAGAAUUCAUGAAUCCAUCUCUGAUUGAAGAUGAACUUAUGCUGGCACCAGGAUUCGCAGCCCCACCCUACCUAGAUUACUCAGGCUACCAUCAGUAUGUAGAAGAGAUGCUUCCUCCAGAAAGCCCCACACUGUACGGCCUCCACCCAAAUGCUGAAAUAGAAUUCCUGACGGUGACAUCCAACACCCUCUUCAGAACCUUGCUGGACAUGCAGCCCAGGAACGCACUAAGUGGUGAUGAACUGGGGCCAUCUACAGAAGAAAAGGUUAAGAAUGUCUUGGAUGACAUUCUGGAGAAACUUCCAGAAGAGUUCAACAUGGCAGAGAUAAUGCAAAAAACCUCAAAUAGAAACCCCUAUGUUCUUGUCUGCUUCCAAGAAUGUGAGAGGAUGAAUAUUCUCAUUCGGGAAAUCCGUGCAUCACUUGAACAAUUAGACCUUGGUUUGAAGGGGGAGCUCACAUUAUCUCCCGACGUGGAAGCCCAGCAGUCUGCGCUGAGUUAUGACACGGUGCCAGACACUUGGAGCAAACUGGCUUAUCCUUCUACUUAUGGCCUAGCCCAAUGGUUUAACAACCUCCUCCUGCGAUGCCGAGAACUUGACACUUGGACACAAGACCUUGCCCUCCCAGCUGUAGUGUGGCUUUCUGGUUUCUUCAAUCCUCAGGCCUUCUUAACUGCAAUUAUGCAGACCAUGGCUCGAAAAAAUGAGUGGCCACUGGAUAAAAUGUGCUUGACUGUUGACGUCACCAAAAAAACCAAGGAAGACUACGGCCAUCCUCCCAGGGAAGGUGCAUAUCUCCAUGGGCUCCUCAUGGAAGGUGCCAGAUGGGACACCCAGUCAGGAACCAUUGUUGAAGCCCGCCUCAAAGAACUGACAUCCACCAUGCCCGUCAUCUUUGCAAAAGCCAGCCCCGUGGACAGACAAGAAACCAAACACACCUAUGAGUGCCCUGUGUACAGAACCAAACUGAGAGGCCCCAGCUACAUCUGGACCUUCCGGCUGAAGAGCAAAGAGAAGACCGCAAAGUGGGUUCUGGCGGGAGUGGCUCUGCUGCUGGAAGCAUAGGCUGACCAUCGGCUGGAGCACAGUGAGGACUUUCCAUUGUGUCACUGCACCAUUCCGUUCCCAUGCGCGUUGAGUUAUUUUAG